AUCUUGUCCCCAUUGAGAGCAAGCGAAAAUUAUCAACGACUUGAAGAAGUUGUUGUCGUUGAACGGCAUUUAACGUAAAGAGGAAUUCACACAUCGCUUUCUAAAGGAUUCAGGCAAACUUCCAUUGCGCCAUUGUGCAACAGCGGCAAAACAGCUUGAGCCUAGGAUUGCAGUCAUCUUUGCGGCAAGAAGCGCAGCAGCGGCAGCCUUAGACACUGGUUAAAAGUCCAAGAAGCGCAUUCAUUUCACAGAAUACAGCCUUGCGCUCAAGUAAGUGACUCUAGAAUAUUGCACAGAAAACAUGUCUGAAUCUAUUGUAAGUGAAGAAAAACUAUCCAGCGAUACCAACAACAACGAUGACCAAUUGGACACAGGCAACUCUGGCAUGGAUGGCCAGAUUUGUAGAGAUUACCAGAGGGGGGUGUGUAACAGAGGAGGAAAAUGCAAGUUUAGUCAUCCUGAAGGRCUUGGAAAAGAGGUUGAGAGCAGUCCAAUGAUAUGCCGUGAUUUCCAAAAUGGAAAGUGCAACAGAGCUACUUGCAAGUACAUGCAUAUAUCUAUUACGGAAGAGAAAACAUACCUACGUACUGGUCAGAUGCCAGCACGACGCCCUGGACCAAUGCAUGGGGGUCCACCUAUGAGAGGGGGCUACGGUGGGGGUUACCAAACCCGUGCAGGUCGUAGUGACCCUGUUUGCAAGGACUUUCUCAACAAUAAGUGCACAAGAGGGUCUGCUUGUAAAUACCGACAUGCAUACGARGAUGAUUAUGGGGGUUACGGUGGAUAUGAUGACUUUCCCAGGAAGCGUCGUCGAGAGUCAUUUGGUGAUGGUGAAUUCGCACAUGUCAAAGAAGAGAAUGAAUCACUGCGUCGACAARURGCUGAGCUACAGAAGCAGGUCUCUGAYUUGAAGGCAACUAAUGAAGUGCUACUGGAGCAAAAUGCCCGCUAUAGAAAUGCUGCAGCAAGCAGCACUACCUACCCUACCACGCCCAGCUACCCAGCCAGCUAUUCAACUAAGCCAGCAGCUUCAACAGCUGCUAGUUAUUCCACAAGCUACCCAACUACCUAUAAUGGCAGCGGUACACUUACGACAAGUUUUCCAUCCUACACCACUGAUAGCACUGUAUACACUUCAUCGAGUGAUCCYGGUGCUUACAGUUCCAGCUACCCUGCUGGCACUGGCUAUAUCAAGUUUGAAUAAACUUUCCWUUUAUUAGGUUUUCCACGUUAGACUUUGUAGAUUAUGUAUAGGUUGUCCAUAUGUGUUUUCAAUAACCAGUUAGAGAAAGRGGCAUUAUGCAGAGAUUUUGCCUCAAUUGCAUAUCCAAUUUGUACACAGAUUUUGAAUCAAGUMCUAUUUUAUUUUACUCUUAGGAUACUCAAGUGGUGCAAAAACUCUGCAUAAUAGACCUAACGCAUUGCAAUGUACGUUAUCAACCAAUUCAAAUCCUGUUUGAAAAAUAACUAUUGUUUCUAAGAAWUCAUCUGUGAAAUGAAUAUACAACAAACAAUGAAACRUAGUCCCRGGUGGUUUGAAUUGGGUGGAAAYGUUUAUAGCAACGUACAAUUAGGUCUAUUUAAGUGAUUAUUGAAUGAUUAUACUCGRUUUAAUUACUGCAUUCAUCUAACGUGUACACUCGCAUACUAGGAUGUGGCAUUGAUGAUGCCAAAAUGUCUUGUAAGUGAUUUCAAAGGUUAGAAUCAUGGGGCUAACAUAUCCUUGGAAACAGUAUAACUUCUGGUUGAACAAUAUUAUUCAUAUCCCAAGUAUUUUUGAGUCAUUUUAGAAGUACUCUGGAUUUGCGGAAGCUUUUUGCCAAUCACAAAUGAGAAUGGAUGUCUUUAAUAAUGUCAUUUUCACUUUCACCGUGUAUCUUAAGUUUUUUUUAUUGAAUUUUCUGUUAUUGCAAAUUAAUAUGACAUGCCAUUUUAAGUGCACAGAAGUUGAAUGGCUUGAGACUACAUCCCUUGCUAUACUUGGCUCUAUACAUUAUAGUGAAGAGUUUGUAUCAUUUAGGAAAGUUUGAUUUUACGUGGACAACCUGUUUAGCAUUAUUAUAGUGAGCUGCAGGGAAGACUUAUUAAUAAUAGAGCUAUCUUAUCAUACUGGAGUCAGCCUGUUGACCCAUUGACAGCUUUAUUGAACAAACUKAACUAUUUGCAAAACUUCAAAUCUUUGUCAAAAAGGGAAAAGUUGUUUUUUUAUUGCAUAAAUUAAAAUUCUGCUUUCUGCAAAAGAU